AUGUCUGUUUAUGGAUCCGAACAGAUGGUAAUGGACGGUGCCAUAUUAUAUCCUAUGUGGAUUGAGUCAUUAAACACAGUGCUGUACGACAAUAAGGUGUUGACGUUGGUGAAUAAUGAACGUAUGAACGUAAUGAACAAACAAAUGUUGUGUACGUUACUCGAUUGUCUUUCGACUCCCAUCAAUUGUCCGCUGGAAAAUGCUAGAGAUGUGUACGGAACAUAUUUUGUGUACACUUGUCUUUGGGCUUUUGGUUCAGCCUUAUUUAAAGAUCAGUUGAUUGAUUGGCGAGUUGAAUUUUCCAAAUGGUGGUUAACAGAUUUUAAAACGAUUAAAAUCUCAUCAUCAGGAAGUGUGUUCAAUUAUUUCAUCGACCCAGAACAGUUUUUUCCUUGGUUAGAAGAUCUGGUAUCGUCUUUCGAGUUUAACCCAGAUACACGUCUACAACAAACUCUCGUAAACACAAUAGACACAACUAUUAUAAGAUAUAUGUUGUCUCCGGCCAAUGAUAAUGGCAAAUCAUUUGCUGUUGAAAAUGUACCGCUUAAUUUAUACCCAAUAUCUGAAAUGUUACAAAAGAUUUUGGAAAAACCAUUAGAGAAAAAAGCUGGUAGAAACUUUGAUCUAUCGGAUGGUAAAACACUAAUUCACUCUAUUGAUGAUAUAAACACGCCAGAAGUAAGUUAA